CAGUGAGAGGCCAGUGACCAGUCUCUGCCCAGUUUUCGAACGGUGAACUAAAAGUGCGCUUGAUUUCGUGAUUACAGAGGAAUCCCGAGGAGCCAUUUUGGCUGAAUAUAGCGAAAUCUAAAAAUGGCUCCAAACUCGAAUGAUGCGUCACCGGCCGCAGAAGGCUUUUUUGAGAGAGUCUUGCUAUUGCCUGUGCUCAGCGACACCAUCACCCUCGUUUCCCAGGCCUACAAGACCACCCAAGACCGACAUCAGUAUGUGGGAACUGCUUUGCGGGUAGCAGAGGCAGGCAUCCGGGUGGCCACCGAGGGCGCGCUCCCUCUGGCCAAGCCCCUUCUGCACCCCCUCGUGGACCGCGUCGGAGGCUGGGGCGCCCUGGACGAGUGGGCAUGUCGCGGUCUGGAUCGCGUCGAGGAGGCAGCGCCCAUCAUCACCAAGCCAACGAAUGAGAUCGUGAGCUCAGCGCGCCGUCGGGUGCUCAGCGCCGUGGCGGGGAAGGACGCUCCGCCCCCCUCCCUCUCCGCCGCCAUCACGUCGCGGGCCAACGACACCGUUGACGUCAUCGCAGCGAGUCGGGGCGGGCGAGUUGCCGCGGGCGCUGCGGAGCGGGUGCUCACCACCGCCCACACGCUGGUCGACGCCUACUUGCCACCCCGCGAGGGCGACCUUCAUGACACAGAUGGGCGCGAUGCAACGGUGGGCGUAAAGGUGAUCGCGCUGGCAAGCAAGACGAGGCGGCGUCUGGCCCGCGCGUUGCAUUCGCUCGCGCACCCGCACCACGCCGACGCCGACGCCUGUGACGCCAGGGAUGCAUCGGGCAGCGUCCUGAUUGCCUUCAGUCGGGAGUGUCUCUCUGGCUGGCACUCUGAAGUGACGCGGCAGCCGGAGCCCCACGAGGUGGUGCCAGUAGUUUUGAGACUUGCAAGAACUUCCUACAGGUACUUAAGGAAUGUUACGGAGAAUCUUGGGUCACUGGUCCUAAGCCCGGUCGUUUCUGUUCGCAAUACCCUGGCUCGAAACGCAGUGAGUGAAGCCCUGAGCGGCGCCGCGGCCAACGGGAGUUACGUCGUCUCCGAAAUGCGAGCCUGGGGGGAGUACUUCGUUGUUGUCGUGUCGAUGACGCCAAGUCUGAUCGAAGAGGCUUCGCAUCGCUCCAGGAUGUGGGCCGAAGGGUGUUUGGAAUCUGUAAUGAAAAUGAAGUAAAACCCACCGCUGUGUUGGCAGUGA